AUGUUUCGCAUUAGCGUUAGCGUUAGCCUUCAAAACUUUUCAAGUCAUCGAAUUCUAAUUCGUAUGUCUCAUUCAAUUGGUGCCGAAAAGUAUGCUACUUGGAGUAAAGAGGAAUUAAUUGCAAAACUACUAAAUUAUGAGACUGGUCAACAAACUCAAUGCGAUUCUAUUUCAACGACUACAGUAACUUCUAUGUCAUGUGACACUGAUACAACUUCUAAGAAACGUAAAAAAAAUCCUCGCCCAUUUGAUAUGUCAAAAUAUUCAAAGAGACAUAUUGCAUUCAAAUUAGCAUACUUUGGUUGGAAUUAUCAUGGAUUUGCAGCGAACGUUGACGAACAAAAAUUCCCAACCAUUGAAGGACACUUGCAUUCUGCUCUCAUGAGCUCAAAAAUGAUAACUGAUCCUGCAAAAUGUAAUUUUUCUAAAUGCGGCAGAACAGAUAAAGGUGUUAGUAGUUUAGGACAAGUUAUAGCAUUAGAUAUUAGGUCAAAUCUUCCACGAGAUUCUCCUUAUGUAUUGCCAAUCAUAUCAGCGGAUGAUAAUAGUAGUUCCAACAAGCAAGAUGAUGUUAAGACUGAGCCAAAACAGAUUGAAGAAAUUCCUUACAUUGAAACACUCAACCGUUUGCUUCCGGAUGACAUAAGAAUAAUUGCUUGGGCACCGGUAAAUCCUGAUUUUAAUGCAAGACAUGAUUGUCGUUUUCGACAUUAUAAAUAUUUUUUCGUAAAAAGAAAUUUGAACAUUGACUUAAUGCGAGAUGCCGCAAAUCGAUUCCUUGGAACUCAUGAUUUUCGUAAUUUCUGUAAGAUCGAUGGGGCAAAGCAGAUCGAUAAUUUUGAGCGUACAAUACUUCAUUUAGGCAUUGAUCUAGUACAAGAUCAACAGAAUUUCACAACAACGGAAGAAUUUUAUGUAUUUGACUUGAAAGGAACAGCUUUUUUAUGGCAUCAGGUUCGAUGUAUGAUGGCGAUUUUGUUCUUGGUUGGUCAAAAAUUAGAAGAUCCCUCCAUUGUAGAUGUCCUUUUAGAUAUUAAAAAAACACCAGCGAAACCAAUUUAUAAUAUGGCAAGCGAGUUGCCUUUAGUAUUGUAUGAUUGUCAAUAUGACAAUGUGAAAUGGUGUUACGGUCGAGAUGAUAAUAUGCUCAAUACACUUUCUAAGCUUUAUAAACAUAUUUAUGAACAAUGGUACAUUCAUACAACAAAAUCUUUACUCUUUUCAACAUUAUUAAAUGAUCUUGGUGGAAUAUCUUUGAAAAAAUUUAUUCAUCCUGGACAAGAAUUACAAAAUAUUCCCACACAAUUCGAACAAACGCUAAAAGAAUUGGCUUCUUCUGAGAUUAAUACGCCAUCUGAUAACUUAUCGAGCAUUAUUACUGGCGGUAAGGAAUUGCGAGUUCGAAAUUAUGUAAAACUUGCAAAUCAGUACACUGACUCUUUUAUACAAUGA